AUGGCUGGACCCAAUCAAAGCACAUGGGCGAACACGAGAGUGCCAGUCCGUGACGAUGAUCAAGGAAGUUUUGAGAGACGACGAGGAUGGAAGUACAGAAGCCUAAGAAUCGGACCCGUCAAGCUUCCAUACUAUGCAUCGCCAGAGUCACAGUUGAUACUGGUAUCAUUUGUCUGCUUCUUGUGCCCUGGCAUGUUCAAUGCCGUCAAUGGGAUAGGCGCAGCAGGUCUUGACGAUGACGCCCAUGCCAGCAACGCUGCCAACACUACGCUUUAUGCUACCUUCGCCGUCGUUGGAUUUUUCGCCGGUACCAUCACGAACGUCCUUGGCAUUCGAAUUGCACUCUCCUUCGGUGGUCUGGGAUAUUGCAUCUACGUCAGUGCAUUGCUUUGUUUCAACAAGACCCAAAACCUAGGUUACGUGGUUUUCUCUGGUUUCCUGCUGGGAUGUUGUGCUGGUAUUCUGUGGGCUUCCCAAGGAGCGAUCAUGAUGUCGUACCCAGCUGUUAUAGGCGGUUUUGUGCAACUAGCGCUCAACUUCAACACCCGCGGCGGAACUAAAGCAGCAGUUACAAACGGUACAUAUAUCGGUUUCAUGAUUCUCACGUUCUUCGGCGCAUGCCUCUCCUGGACACUCAUUGAUGCCAAACAUGUCGUACGCCGCGAUGGAAGUGGGGUAAUCAUGAUGAAGCACCCGACUUGGCAAACCGAGAUCUUCGGUCUUUGGGAGACUCUCCGUACGGACCCAUAUAUUAUUCUCCUCUUCCCAAUGUUCUUCGCUUCGAAUUGGUUUUAUACAUACCAGUUCAAUGACGUCAACUAUGCGCGAUUUAAUGUGCGGACCCGCGCUUUGAACAACACACUGUAUUGGUUAGCGCAGAUUUUUGGGGCUGCUGUAUUCGGGUUUGCGCUAGACUUUCCGAACGUUAGAAGAACUACCCGAGCAAAGAUAGCCUGGGUAACUAUGUUGGUUUUGACCUUUGCUGUCUGGGGCGGAGGUUAUGUCUUUCAACGACAGUACAGUCGCGAUGAUAACAGCCUCCACUACGACUGGACCCAUGGUGGAUAUGGCGGUCCAAUGGUUUUAUAUAUGAGCUACGGCUUCUACGAUGCAGCGUGGCAAACUUGCGUUUACUGGUUUAUGGGUGCCAUCUCCAACAACAGCCGCAAGCUUGCGAACUUUGCAGGCUUCUACAAAGGUAUACAAUCAGCAGGUGCGGCUAUAGUGUUCCGUAUAGACGGCUACAAGAGGCCCUACAUGGAUAUCUUCCUGUCUAGCUGGGUGAUGUUGGCUGCAAGCUUGGUUAUCGCCCUACCUGUUAUGCUUCUAAAGAUCAAAGACACAGUGCCACUCGAGGAGGACUUGAGAUUUACAGAUGAGACUAUUGAAGAUGUACUGGGUAGAAGAGAGGGCUAUCUACUAGACGAGCCCGAGAAGGCGUAG